AUGGCCAGUGACACGCGACGUUCCCCUCCAAACGACUGGGCGGACCCCGGAGAGUACCUCUCGGAGGUGCUGAGGAACGGUCGAAACUACUUGCCCGUCGUUUGCAGGCUCCUCAGCCUCCAGGUGUGUCCAAGAUGCUGCCUCAGGUUCUGUCGGGUGCGCGGGCACGUCUACACCCGCAAACCACCCCGGCCGGUGGACACAUUCGAGGCUGCAGCGAAGCUGUGGCGGGGCGCGGGAGCGGUUGCGAUGGAUCAGGGCGCCGCUGGAGGCCCCGACGAGCACGGCAUCAUCAGCCCUGAGCCCAAGGCGGUCGCAAUUCCAAAAGAUGGGCGCACACGUGCAACGGAUGGGGCAGGCCAAGAUGGCGUGGAUGCAGACUCCAGCGCGUCGGCUGAUGAGUGCGUCCAGCUCCCGGAUCCUGGAGCCGUGCGGGACUACUUCGUGUGCGCCCUGUGCCUCGGGAUACUGCAAGCCUUGGACGCCGUGCCGGGGGCGCCUUGCGGAGAGGGGUUUGCUGAGCCGUUGCCGGCGCGGAGGUGGAACCACCUCAGCUGGAAGCUGUUGCCCGACGGAUCGCUGGGCGCAAUGAAGCGCCUCCUGGACAGCAGCGGCAGGGACGUCGUGGACUUCAGCCUUGGGGUGAGCUUGCCAGGGGGGGCAGGCCUGAGAGAGGCCUCCAUGUUGCGCUUCCUGAAGGACAAUGUGCAAAGCACCGAGGCGCAGGCCCGCGGUGCAGAAGAAACUUUUCCGGUGGGACCAGUCGUGCCGCUGCGUGAGGUGGUUCGACAGUGCGUCAUCCAUUUUAUGGCGGCUUCAUGCGGGCUUCCGCACUACCGGGAGGGACCCUUUUCCCUGAUGUUGAGCUUUCGCCACCCUCAGUCCCAAAAGGAAGUGCAACUUCUGCAGCAACUGAGCAAUAGGGGGCAGAAGAAGAAGCGGCCACGGGGCGGGACGUCUGAAUCUGGCCACGAGCACGAGGUGUUGAAUGACGCGAGAGCAGCGGAAAUGGCUCUCAACAUGGAUUGGCAGGAAUUCAAGAACACGUUCAAAUGCCCCCCGUGUGGUGCUGAGCAAGCAGCCGAGACACUGGCUCGGAUGCACCAUGCUCCGCUGUUCCUGGGUGGCCGAUACUUGAAGACUCACCGCGACAUUAGCCACACGCCCUUCUUUGUGAACGGACAGAGGGUGGGCCGAACGUCCGUCCAGGAGGUACUAGCCGACGCAAUUCGCAAGGUGGUAGACGCAGCGGACUUCAAAUUGAUAUCGGCCGGAAGGGAGGAUAUGGAUGUUCGCAUGCUGGGAAAGGGGCGUCCGUUUGUCAUCGAAAUUGAGGAUCCCAGGGUGCACGCCAUUCAAGAGCACCAGGUUCAGGCAAUUUUAGCGGAUCUGUCUGACCAGCGGAAGGGCGUCGUAGCCAGGGCCUUGCGCGUGUGCGGGCGCGAGGUGGUGGAAAAGAUGAAGGAAGGGGAGGAGACGAAAAGAAAAGUGUAUGUGGCACUCGUAUGGGCGGCUGAAAGGGUGGAGGACCACGUGCUGCAUCAGAUGAAGGCAAAAGGAGCCUUUUCUGUGGAACAAGACACCCCGAUACGCGUCCUGCACCGCCGCGCAGCCCUCGUGCGCAGCAAACAAAUUUUCGCCAUGCAGUGCCAGCGGAUCCCCAGCCAGCCCAAUUAUUUCAUUGUCAGGGUGGAGGCUGCUGCUGGUUGUUACAUCAAGGAACUCAUAGAUGGGGACUGUGGAAGGACGCGCCCCAGCGUCAGCAGCAUGCUUGGCUGCGAUGCGCGGUGCGUUCAGCUGGAUGUGACGGACGUGAAAAUGGACAUCAUGGAUUGA